AUGGUAACGAAGACGAAGACCAACGGCAAGACCAAGACCAAGACCCCCGUGUAUUGUGAGGGCAUCAAAUUCCUGAUCAUUGCCGUUGCCUUUCUGGCCUGCGCCUACGCCGAUGUCUCGGAGCUUGGUGCCUCUGGCUAUGAUUAUCCUCAGCCAGCUCCUGUGAAGUCCUACGUCCCUCCUCCGCCACCACCGCCGCCGCCGGCACCCAAGAACACCUACAUUCCACCCCCGGCGGCCCCGGCCAAGGCCUACAUCCCUCCUCCACCACCACCGCCGCCACCAGCACCCAAGAACACCUACAUUCCUCCCCCGGCAGCCCCAGCACCGGCGCCCGUCGAGUCCUACAUUCCCCCCGCAGCCCCCGCACCCGCCUACAUUCCCCCUGCCCCCGUCCAGGCCGAGGAGCCCAUCCAGGAGUACGAGCAGCCCGCCCAGGACGGAUACCGCUACAAGACCGUGCGCCGUCGCGUCUUCCGUCACCGCAACUAA